GCUAAGAGUACACGAAAGCACGAAUAAAGCGACUUCAUCAGAAGGCCUGGUGUUGGCCUGUGUAUUACUUCUUCUUGCAAUGGUUAUCCUCGUCAUCGCCGCAAGAACCUGGAUGCUCUUCAAGCAAGAUUCAGGAGACAUCCAUCAUCGAGUCCCAUCGACGACGCCAAAUGUCAUACAUGGCACAUCCAAUACAACGCAGGAUACGACGACGCCAAAACUCACACGUAGCACAACCACCACAACAACUACAAGGCGUCCCCUGACCGACGAAGAACUGACUAAACUGGCUGAAACGCGUCCGAUCACAGUCCUCUUCGUCGGUGACCACAGCUACAGUACGAUAUCGAAGGAACAAUUCCUGAUAUAUGCACAAAGCCAGCUUAAUAUGAUCAAUGCAGCCUUUGCAGAAAAUAACAUCAAGCUGAAGAUGAAAGUAUACGACACCUAUGUGCUGAAUGAGGAACAGGAAAGAAACCACCUCGUGGAAAUUCCUGGGAGACAGUUUCAGUCAAUUGACUUAGAGAGAACCUCUGAGAGACUUAAGGGAAGAAUAGUUGAAUACCCUGGGGUCAACGAGUCCGACAUCGUCUACGUAUUUACGAGAAAGCUCCUCAGCAAGGAAGGUUCUCAACAGACUAGUUGGGACUGGUACGAAGAUAAAACAGGACCCUGUGGAGGACGUUUGCUGCCCAACAUCUACUACGACCCUCCCUUUUCCUACCUAGCUGUUACAAAUUGUAUGUGGUCCAACACCCUGGUCAGGACGCAAGAGGCGACAGUGUGGUCUUUCUUCCUCUCACAUUGGGGAAAGAAAGAAAGACGGGUCUCCGAAGAUCCGAAAUGA